AUGGAAGAAAUACAUGAAACUGCAAAAGCCUAUUACAACAAUUUGGCUGAAAAUCAAAAACAAAAUGCCAAUAAAAUGUUUCUAUCAAUGGAUUUGAAUGGAGAUGGGAGUGUAAGCAUCAGCGAGUACGUUGAGAAACUGGGGAAGAUGGGCUUCAAAUCCUGCAACAACCCCAAAUUCUUCAUGGAGCUUGACAGAAAUGGAGAUGGAAACCUUGAUUUCGAGGAGUUUCUAACCUUAUACUAUCUUAUCAAGGGUGAUAGGCUGGUAUUCUGCGACGGCCAUGGAUGUGGAGCUUUUCUUAAAGGAGUGUACUUCGCUUGCCUCCACUGCUUCUAUCGCGAAAUGAAAAAUACUUUCGAUCUUUGCUCGUCGUGCUUCAACGGCAAGAAUUUUCGCCAUAACCAUGCAAACUUUUUGGAUAAUUUUGCUUUGCUGCGUUGCAUGGCUGCAAGCUGCACCCAUGUAAAGCCAAGCGGGUAUUCUCAGUUGGAGCAUUCUAGUAGAAGAUUAAGAUCUAGUACUUCUACGCUACCUAGUCAAGGAAGUGGCUCUACAAGUUCUAAUCAGAUGAAGAAAAUGGAGAAAGCAAGUGCAGCAUUUGAGAUGCGAUUUAGCAUUGCAGAAACCAUUGUCGAGAUUAGCAACAAUGGGUGUAGCAUUAUGUAG